GCGUGUUAAGAUACUUACAGAAAACAGAAAUCACUAAAACCCUCUUUGUUCUGAGGAUUGUUAUUGGUGGUGGUAUUGCCUUUUUAUGUUACACCAGUGUGCUGUAACUGUUCAUAGUUCAUGUGUACAGAGUUUUAAAAUGAUGGCCUUUUGUGUUGAAAUGACAGCUUGUAUACUUCAAAGUCAUCUUUAGCAAGCCAUUAUGAAAUGGGAGAAGUUAAAGCCUCCAGAGCCAGAUGAUCCUAUGUGUUGCUGUGAGUGUGAUAUCUGCCAGUACGGAUGUUGCUGUGACUGUGAAGAUCUGGAUGAAGCCUUUAACAGGUGGCUGAAAGACAGACCACCUAAAAGUGGAUGUCAGUCUCCUGUACUUGGGGCCAUGAUUGGCAACCUGGAGAUCUCCAUGAUCCCAGCCCUGGUGCUGCUACCUCUCCUGCUGCAGGUUGCAGCGCUGCACUACCUGCUGGGUAUCAUCAUCCUGACAGCUCUGCCCGGCCUGGUGCUGUGGUAUUACUACGCCACGCACCGAAAGAAGAGACGCACCAUCUUCUUUCUCACUCUUUCGCUCUACUCUCUGUUCUACAUGUAUUAUCUCUUCAUCACAGAGAUUUUUCCACAUGGGGACGUCAGCCAGCUGCAGCUGUGUACCGUGACCACUGGGAUGAUUCUCACUAUCGUCUCUCUUGUCCACACCAAGAGAGGCCCAGGAUUUGUGACCACGUCCCCACACGAAGCACACAGUCACAGUCAGGAGGCUAACAAGGACUCUACACACCUUAAUGGAUCCAUCCAAUCAGCAGCCUCCUCCUCAGGGACUGCAGCAGAGUUGCAGACAACAAAAGAGGCCCUGACAGCAAAAUGGAGCCGGUGUCCUGUGUGCAAAAUAAUGCGACCCCCACGGGCCGGACACUGUGGAACUUGUGGAUCCUGUGUCCAGCGUCUGGACCACCACUGUAUCUGGAUAAACAGCUGUGUUGGACAGGCAAACCAUCGCAGUUUCCUGCUGACCCUCUCUGUGUUCGUGAUGACCUCUCUGUAUGGGAUCAGUGUGGUGCUUUGCAGCCUCUGUCCUCGACAGUAUCUAAUGACGGCUCUCUUCUACUGCCCCGGCGUCUACAGUCAGUCUAGCACGGCACUUUGCUUCACCUGUGCUUGGUACAGCAGCAUUGUCACAGUUGGAUUGCUUUACCUGUUGGUGGUACAAGUUCUGAAUAUCAGUUUCAAUGUGACGGAGCGGGAGUCUCAGCUGGCUCUGAGGAACAAAACGGGCCAGAGUCGCCUGUGGGGACUCGUCAUCAACACAGGAGAGUAUUCACGUGGCUUCUGUCAGAACUGGGUUGAGUUCCUCACCAUGGCAGAUGCCUCGGUGGCAGGGAAGUGGUACCUGAUUGGAUUUGCCACUAAUGCCCAGUGGUUUGUCAACCGCAGAGCCAGCAUGAAGGUGGGCACAGCCAUGUUCACCCCAACUGCAGAUGGGGACCUGGACCUUUCAUACGCCAGUCUCAACCCUGAUGGCUCUUGCUGGAGACUGAACAACCUGGCCAAGAAGACUGAUAUGCCUGGAAGGUUCACCUACACAAGUGCACGCUGGGGGAAUGAGAAUGACAUGCGCAUAGUUGCUGUGAAGUAUGACGAGUACGCCCUGACUCACACCAUUAAGACCAAGGGGGGUGAUCCCACUGUUGUCAACAAACUAUAUGGCCGUGGAGUGGACCUCAGCCCUGAGCUGCUGGAGAAGUUCAGGCAGUUCUCCUUGGAGACUGGCAUCCUGCCGGAAAAUAUUGCUUUCCUUCCCAAAAAUGCGGAGUGCCCAGCUGCCUAGUUUUCUGCCUCGGUCAUCGUAUGUCAGUGAUGCUAUCUGACCAUAACGGUUGUUGUGAAUAUUCUACAUCUAUCAAGGGCACUCCCAUAAACUGACACAAUAAAUUCUUUCCCCCCCCAGUUUAUUUUCUAGCUCCUAAUGCCACUAAACAUGAUAUAAAGCCUGGUUUCAAUAUACAAUACUUUGCUUUUAUCUACCUGCAAAUGUAACUGAGCAGUCGUUUUAAAGGUCCCCUCCGGACAUGUUUUGAGACAUAUAAAAUGAUCUGCUUUGAA